AGGUCGGUUCUAUGGAGAUUUCUCUUUUGAUUUGACUUCUCCCCCACCUUUUUUUUUUUUUUUUUCCUUCUUGCUUUUAUCAACCGGCUGCGCAUCUCUUUCCUUGUUAUAGUUUCAUUACAUCCGUUUUCUUUUUAAUACGACCUAUACGCGUUCGUAUACGUGCGUGAAUUGCCGUGAGUGUAGGACCAAUUGUUUCGUGACAUCAUCAUUUUUGUUCUCCAUUUGUUCCUGAGCUGAACGCGGGACUCGUGAACGGGUGUUUCAGUGUGCUGUAAUAGCCUCGCCAGAGAUUGUUUCAAUUUGUUGGACACCUUGCCUGCACGUUCAUAGUGUCAACUGGCAGUACCUCAUUUUUCAAAACAACUAUAUGUCUAAAAAGCAGUUGCACCUGUUGCCAAAACAAUAACACGCACAGCCGUUGGAAGCCAAACAAUACACCGACUGUUUGUUUUCAAAUUUCCUGUGCAGAUUCGAUGCGUUUUUGAACUACGUCCGUGUCAUAAAAAAACAAAAAAACAAAACAAUAAAGAACAUUUAAAUUACGUCGCAGUGACAUCACGUAUCAAGGUGAAUCCGGCCCCAGUUCAAAAUCAACUUAACCUCCAUCACGAAGAUGAACGACAAUCUUCAUCACAGCCAAUUGUCCGACACAUCCAGCCACAACGGCAGCAGUUACGACAGUCUGGAACUAGAGAAAAUGAAUCCACUAGGAGAACUGAAUUUCUUCUUCGGCGAACGAUCCACCGGCAACGGCCAGCAACAGCGUUCGCAACACAAUCAUCAACAACCUGGCAAACGAUCGAUGGACGACGUUCUGAAGAAACUCUCAUCCAAGAUGCACAUCAGCCAUUCGCCAGUCGAUGAAAUGGAUCCUUUCAAUAAAGACAGGUCAGGGCAUUCGAAUCAAUCCGGCUCAGGCGGAAUGCAUCGCUCGUCUACUGAGAGCGGCAACAGUAGCGCAGCUGGUAGCCAUGCGCAAGAAACCGGCUCGCUAUUGGACGUUCUAUCCGGCGAAUCUCUGACGGAAAAGGAGCGCCGCCUGUCCGAGACGAUCGCCGAAUUACAGAAAUUGCGCGAGCAGAUGAUCGCCCAGCGCAGCGGAAGCAGCAGCAGCGAUUACACAGACAAAGCUGGCCAUAAUAACCAACAGCAGCAACAACAGCAAUCGUCACAUCACAAUAACGGACCAACUGCCAUUGAAAUUGCAGCGGCCACAUCGAAAAACAACGCCGACAUGCAGCAGUUCCAAGAGCUCCAGCAACAGAUUGAGCUGCAACGCUUACAGCAGAGCCAGCAAAUGUUCCUACAGCAGCAGCGACUCCAGGAGAUCCAGGCCCAGGUACUUUCGCAGUAUGGCAAUAAAGCCCUGAGCCUUGCUGCUGCUGGCGUGCCACCUCUGAUGCUACUGCCCUAUCUGGAAUCUCUGCGUAAUCUGCAAGGACAUCAUGCUGGCAUGCAGGGAUUUCAAUCAAACCCACUAGGAAAUUCGCAAUCUGGCUCUGGCCAUUCGUUCACAGGCCUGCAUUCAGCAAUGUCUCCUUUAACACAGAAUUUUCUCGCUUCGCCCUCUGGUUUACCUUGUUCAUCCACCGUUACCUCCAAAGGCUCUCCGUCAACUCCAGUUACAUCCAUGGCUUCGAGUUGGGGGUUGUCUCCAAUGGCACAAAAGUUUUUGCCUUCACCAGUAAGGCGGAGCGCAACGCCUGAGCAGCCGAAUAGCAAACCAGCAAAUGAAGGACCUGCUCUGUCAUCUUCAAAUGCCCCGUCAGCCACAAAAAAGCAACGUGGAAAUCGAGAAGGUGAUGGACCUCUUAAUCUGAGCAAGACGAAAGGACAAGGAGGUAGUCCGACUCCACCUAGCACUCCGUCUUCGACCCCUACGCCGUUGACCUCUACAGUUUCAUUGACGUCGUCACGCCCUUUCCCAGGACAGAACCACAUGAUGCACGGAUCGGGACUACUCUUUCCUAGCCAUUUUCUUCCUUACCCAUCGAUGCCACCUCACUUAAGUGCCAUGAGUUUCACAGGUAGUAAAAUGGGAUUCAAUGCACCAACAGCUGUAGGCAUGGGAACUAACGAUCGUAUCCUAGGAUCAGACAAACAUCCUGGAGCCAUGAGCAGCAGCAACGGUGGGGAGUUAAAUGGUCCGUUUCCAACAAUGCCCUUCUUUCUACCUACACUGAAUGGUGCCGGCCUACCAAACAUGGCCAACGCGGGAGCUAUGGCAUCUUCCGGCGAAGGAUCGCAAUCUUCAGAACCUACAGGAAAACAACAGCGCGAUGGAAGCUCGUCUAAUCGCAACACUAAAAUGUACGGUGCUAAAAUAAUACGCCAAAGUCGCAGAGAUCCAGAAGGAAAACCACAUAUUAAACGGCCGAUGAAUGCAUUCAUGGUCUGGGCUAAAGACGAGCGAAGAAAGAUUUUAAAGGCUUGUCCGGAUAUGCACAAUUCCAACAUUUCCAAAAUACUCGGUGCUCGUUGGAAAGCCAUGUCGAAUGCCGACAAACAGCCGUUCUACGAAGAACAAUCCCGACUAUCAAAGGUGCACAUGGAGAAGCACCCCGACUACCGUUAUCGACCACGGCCCAAGCGUACGUGUAUUGUUGAUGGUAAGAAAUUGAGGAUCUCCGAGUACAAGGCACUGAUGAAGCAACGUCGCCAAGAGAUGCGCCAGAUGUGGUGUCGCGAUGGCGUCAAUCCGGCUGCCAUGGGACUGAAUGGAGCUGGACCUUCAUCUAAAGAUCGUUCGUCUAAAAAUGGAGAAGACGACGACAAAAACACAACAAACUCGUCGAUCUCUGAUUCUGAUGAUGAAUUAGACGCUGCUGAUGACAGUUUAGAUAUGAAUUUCUCUGGAGGAGAACACGAUGAAACUGGCCAUCAUGGCGAUUACAUCAGCUAUCAUGCUGCAUCUCUUUUCAAUCCAACCGGAUCAUCUUCUCUGGCCAGUGAGAGGAUAUCGUUUAAUAGUUAAACAACUCUUUUCGUGUUAAAGUGUUUUGCUUGUUUGAGAAACAAUAUCCCAAAACAUAAUUUCAAUAUGUCACCAAGGUGAUUUGAAAAUUCGGUUGCUUCAUUGCGGUUAUCGUACGGCGCAUUUACGGCGUUCUAUUUAGGCUGGUGUUCCAAAUUCAUGGAAGGCAUUGUUUUGGGCGACAAACGAUGGAGAACAGGUUAUGUGUACGUUUAAUGGAGAUCCCGGAAGAGAUGUGCUACAGGUCUCUACUACAAUAGCGGAGGUAAUUCAAAUCUUAAAAUAAUAGAUCGUUAAUCGGAUGGUAUGACAUCUGAAAUGAUUGCAACUACUCAAAUGUUGGCCGGUUGAAAUUAGCGAAAUUUCUUCAUAAGCUCCCACCUCCUUUGGUCUUACUUUGAAGACAAAGCAAAUCACCCUGUUAUCUACCCAACGGCUGUGAAUUGCUUUAAUAAGCGUUUCGUAAAUCAAGGGAAAAUCCCAUAAUAACAUUAGUUUAUUUGUAAACAAAAGUUAUGUCGGUGCUCUCGUAUAUUGUUUGUCGAUUGUUAAAAAACAUCAGAAGAAAAAAAAGACUAAAAAAAAACGAAUUAUAUCUUUGGUCCAAAUGAUUCUAAUUGUGUGUAACUGUUGUUAUAUGGUUGUACUGUAAGAUUUUCUUUCUUAAGUUGAAUUUCCAACAAUGGUUGUUUAGUCUUCAGUGGAACUGAGCGAGAGAGAAGAAGGAGCUUAGCAAAAGGUGUCUACGGUGCUAUCAUACCUAUACAUAAUGACUAUCUUCAUUUGGCUAAAAUAGUGUGUAAAAAUGGCGCUCAAUAACUUUGCAUUGUUGUAACAUUAACCCAAAAAAAAAACAGACGUGAAGUAGAAUGCCGUGAUAGUUGACAUCAAAUACUUGCAACCCCAACGGAGAGAAGAAAGACGAGAAAGAGUUUCAUUGUUUAUUUGUUUAGCUUAAAAAAAAAGUCCUAGAUUUGAUGAGUUUUUCUCCUAAUUGAUUUAUUAUUGAUAGUUCGUUACAAUUUCUUCUCCCCCAUCCUGUCCAUUUAAUUGUUAAUAUUUUGAACGAUUUUGUCGUUUCACAUUUUGAACAGUACACUUUCACCAAAUUCUCAGUGAAAAAAAAAAACAAAAAACAUAUGCCAAUCCCAUUUAUCUCUUUUUUAAUGUUUUCUUUAAGUGGCCCAUUUACAAUUUCACGAAUUUAUCCCAUUUUUUUUUCCUUGUUAUUGUCAAGGGUUUUAUUGUAUGUGUAUACGCAUUUUACGGUAAAUUUUCUUGGUAGCUUAGAUUUGUGUUGACUGGAAAUACACUUUGCACCCUA